UCGGUUUGUUAAAAUAACUUGUGCUAUUGGUUUGUUCAGAUUGAUCAUGUUGAAAAGCUUGAGGUGAAGUUCACCAAGAAUAAGAGAAAAAGGCAACAUUUCCAACUUAAAGACGAGACUGAUUCCAUCGAGAUCUUCAUAUGGGGGGAUGAGACCGAGCAAUGCCAAGGAUUAUCAGUUGGAGAUGUCGUUAAGGUUACCAACAUGAAGACCACUAACUACUAUGGAAUCAUAUCGCUGAACUCAACUGUAUACACCAGUAUUAAAAAGAUGGAUCCGUCAAGAGCCGUCCCUAAAACCAGCCGAAUCCUCCUGCAGGGAUGUCUCUAUUCUUCUGAGGCAAACUCAAGUCCAAGCGAGGCAAUCCCAGCAGAGAAAAAGCUGUUCAAAGUUCGGAAAGAUUUUGUAGAAGGAGUGUCUGAUGCUAAUCUAAACCAGCUUCUGGAUAUACUCCUUCAUGUUGGCGUUAUAAAUGAUGAGGAAAUGCAGUCAGUCAAUACAAAAACCAGAGCGAACAAAGCACGAGACCUGAUCGACACGGUGCGAAGAAAGGGAAAUAAAGCCAGCUUACUUCUGAUGGAUACUCUCCGUGAAGUGGAUCCACACCUUUCCAGAAAGCUGGAAUUAAUCUGAAGCUAAAGCAAGAAACUGUGGAGUGUGAUGAUGAAUCUCUAUAAUAACUGAUGUUACACAUUAACUAUUGUCAUCUUUAGAUUAGAUUCUGUUUAAGCCUGUUUUAUUAAGUAAACGUUGACUAUGAAAGUGAUUCAAAGGGAGAAGAAAACAUGUUGUUCUUUGUUUUGGCCACUAGAUGGAGGCAGAACAUCACUGAUGGACAAACAAGAUGCAGAUGUGAAAUUAGAAAAAUCUAUUGAGAAAAAUAUGUCUUGGUGAAGAUUAUUCUCCUGAUGUUUAAAGAAAUACUGGUUGGUCAUUUUUAUACAUUUCUUUUUAUAUUUCUUUUACAUUUUUCCAGCCUCUGAUGUAAUCGUUACUUUAGAAAAUUAAUAAAAAGAGAAACGAAUACCGCUUAA